AUGGCGUAUAGCUGUGCACCGCCUGGGGCCUCUCCUGCGGCAAGUUUCAGCCCUCCUCCCGUAGCAGCAGCAGCAGCAGCAGCAGCAGCAGCAGUAGCAAAUGAGGCAGCAGCAGGCCGGCCAGCAUCUCUUGCUGCUGCUGCUGCAGCAGCAAACGGAGCGCUCUGCCUCUCACCUGCUGUGGCUUGCAGCAGCAGCAUUGCGCGCACUCUGGAGGCCCUACAGAGCCUGCAGCAGCUGCUGCUGAAACCCUCAGCAGCAGCAGCAGCAGCAGCAGCAAGUGCUGCUGCUGCUGCUCCAGGGGAGUAUGACGCAACAACAGGGGACCUGCUUCCUCCUUCGACGUGGCAGCAGCAGGAGCUGCUGCUGCAACAGCAGCAGCAGCGGCUCAGGAAACAGCAGAAACGACUGCAGCAGCAGCAGGCACUGCUCCUUCUUGAGCAGCAGCAGCAGCAGCAGCAGCAGCAGCAGCAGCGGCAGCAGGAGGAAGUGUUUGUUAAGAGAAUUGCUGCCGAGGUCCACGUGUUGGUUUCUGCUGCAGCAGAUCUGCGCAGCCCCGCGCUGCAGCAGCUGCUGCAGCAGGUGGUUGUGGGCGCCGCUGCUGCAUGCAGGCAGCAGCAGCAGCAGCAGCAGCAGGAAGAGCCUUCAGCAGCAACAGAGGCAGCUGCAGCAGCAAGCGAGGUGCUGCUUGCUGCGCUGACGCCUUCGGUAAUCAGCAGCAGCAGCAGCAGCAGCCAGCUGCUGCUGCUGCCUCCGGGUCUGCUGCAGCGGCUGUCUUACUUGGCCCUGAGCGGCCUCGGGCUGCAGCAGCUGCCGCCACUUGCUGCUGCUGCUCCGCUGCUGCAGCAGCUGCUGCUGGACCACAACUGCCUCACGGAUGACUCCCUCCGCUCGCUGCAGCAGCUGCAGCAGCUGCAGCAGCUGUCGCUCUCACACAACCGCCUGCGCCUCCCAGGUCUCUGCUCUGCUGCUGCUGCUGCUGCUGCUGCUGGAGGCUCUGAGCAGCAGCAGCAGCAGCAGCAGCAACGGCAGGGAGGUCCGACGGGGUCCUUUGCUGCGGAUGGGCUUCCCCAACCAGCAGCAGCAGCAGCAGCAGCAACGCUAAGUAGCAGCAGCAGCAGCAGCAGCAGCAAGGGGCUAUUUGGCAUCUGUUCUCUGCUGCAGUCCCUGCCUUCGCUGCUGCUGCUGGACAUCAGCAGCAACAGCCUCUGCUCGCUGGGUGAGCAGCUGCAGAGCUUGUCGCUGCAGCAGCUGCUGUGCUGCAGCAACAACUUGCGGGAGCUGCUGCUGCUGCAGCAGCUGCCGCAGCUGCUGCUGCUCGAUGCCCGCCACAACCCUAUUGAUGUUGUAGGGGGGCUCGACUGCGCGCCGAAGCUGCAGCGCCUGCUGCUCUCAGAGCAGCAGCAGCAGCAGCAGCAGCAGCAGCAGCAGCAGCAGGAAGAGACGGAAGCUAGAAAUAUAGAGGUGUGCCACGACGCCCUAGAGAGCGUUGAUGUGGAGUUGCUGCCUCCGCAGCAGCAGCAGCAGCAGCAACAGCAGCACUUGAUGGAGCAGAGGACUGCAGCACCAACAGCAUGCAACAGCAGCAGCAGCAGCAGCAGCAGCAGCAGCAGCAGGGGCACUCUUGCUGCUUGCCGGUGGCUCUCGGUGUUGCGCUGGCGGGUGCCGCAGCUGCAGCAUUUGACAAUCAGCAGCAGCAGCAGCCGCAGCACCCCGCUGCAGCUUCCUGAGGAAUGGCUGAAACCCCCCAGCAGCAGCAACAGCAGCAGCAGCAGCAACAGCAGCAGCAGCGGCAACAGCAGCAGCAGCAGCAGCAGCGGGAUUCUGCGGCCGCUUGCUGCUGCGUGCGUCUUCCCGCGUCUGCGUCGCGUGUCUGUGGUUGGCUGCUGCUGGUCUGCUGCUGCGCUGCAUGCGUUUGCUGCAGCGCCGCUGCCGCUGCUGCAGCAGCUCGACUUGAGGUGCUGCAGCUUGCUGCUGCUGCCCCCUGAUGUCUUCGUGAACAAGCAGCAGCUGAAGCUGCUGCUGCUGGAUGCAAAUCCGCUGCUGUCUCUGGAGGCUUUGCUGCUUGCGUUGAAGCCAAUCGCACCAACGCUGCAGCACUUGUCACUGCGAGACACUCCUAUAUGCGACGGUCUUUAUCCGUUGCUGCAGCACCAGCAGCAACAGCAACGGCAGCAGCAGCAGCAGCAGCAGCAGCAACACGAGGCAGCAGUGCAACCUCCCUUCUCUUUUUUGCUUACAGAGUCGCUGUACGAGUUGAUGGUAGAGCAGCAACAGCGAUGGCAGCGGCAGCAGCAGCAGCAGCAGCAGCAGCAGCAGCAUGAGUCCCUGGCGAAGCCGAUUGCACAGAGAGAUUUGUUCUCACCUCCGGAUCGCAAAGCAGCAGCAGCAGCAGCAGCAGCAGCAGCAGCAGCAGGUAAUGCUGCUGCUUCUGGCGCUUUCCAACGGAGCGGUGUAUCGGAGAGUCGCUGGGUCUACAGGCGAGCUGUUGCUGGGGCUUGCCCGGAGCUGGUGUCGCUUGAUGGGCUGCUGCUGCAGCAGAAGCCGGAGCUGGCCGACCCUGUUGCUGCAACAGUUGCUGCUGCAGUUGCCAAGGCUGUGCUGCCCCCCAGUACUCUCGCAGCAGCAGCAGCUGCUGCUGCUGCAGCAAAGAAGGGAGAGAGAGCUGCUCACCAGCCGCACAAAGCCAGCCUGCCCAAUGGGGCUCUGCAGCAGCAGCAGGACAACCAGCAGCAGCAGCAGCAGCAGCAGCAGCAGUUGUACUGCAGCAACGGCGCUGCUGCGCAUGCAGCUGGAGAAGCUGUUAAGCCCCUUUCCGCUUCUUUGCUGCUGCCCUCCCGAGGACGGGCACCGGGUGUAUCGACAGCUGCUGCGGGUGCGCUGAGGAGCCGCAGCAGCAGCUGCCCGAGCAGCAGCAGCAGCAGCAGCAGCGGAGGCAGAAACAGCAAAGGCAGCAGAAGCAAGAGCUGCAGCAGCAGCGAGAACGGCGCAGCAGAGGUUGUCGCUCCACUUAGUGGCGCUGAUUUGGACGCUGCUGCUGCAGCAGCCAAUGCAGCAGCAGCAGCAGCGCCUGCUGCAGGAGCAGCUGCUGCAGCUGCACCCACUGCGUUUACUGCUGCAGCAGCACCUGUUGCAGCAGCAAGAGCUGCUGCUUCAGGCAGCAGGCGCUCGUGGCUGGCAGGAGUUGUGGGGCGGCUCGUUCCCGCACAGCUGAAGAACUCGUUUGCCAGCCAGCAGCAGCAGCAGCAGCAACAGCAGCAGCAGCAGCAGCAGCAGCUCCAGCAAGGCGCACAGGGCCUUGCAGAUGCCAGCAGAGCUGCCAGUUUAGAUCUGCAAAGAGGUGGGAGCGGUGGCCCUGCACCAGUAGCUGCUGCUGCUGCUGCUGUUGCUGCUGCUGCUGCAAAGGUUUCUGCUGCAACGAGCGCGCCUGCUGCUUCUCCUUGUACUGGUUUUGCUGCUGCUGCUGCGAGUUGCUGCGCUGCUGCAGAUACAGAGACACUAGGAAUGGCAGCAGCGCCCCCCACAAGACCGUGGCAGAGGCCUGACUGUGUGCCAUCGCUGGCCUUCAACAGCAGCAGCAGCAGCAGCAGCAGCAGCAGCAGCACGGACAGCAGGGCAGUGAGCGCUGUUGCGGAACAGCAGCUUGACGAAACAGCGGAAGCUGGACUGGUCGACAAGCAGCAGCAGCAGCAGCAACGGCAGCAGCAGUUAUCCCCUUUGAGACUCAACAGCAGCGGCAAACUCCACGGCAGCAGCAGCAGCAGCAGCAGCAGCAGCAGCAGGUGCAGCAGCCAAGAGAACUUGGAGGUUUUCAAGAGCUGCGACUUGGGCCUCAGCGUCUCUCAGAGCUCUCUUUGCUGGGCCUCCCCAAAGACGGACCCACAGCUCAGCUUGCCAGCUGCUGCUGCUGCUGCUGCUGCUGCUACUGCUGCUGCUGCUGCUGCUGCUGACGCUGCUGCUGAGGGUGGUGGCUCUCGCCUGCUUGGACUGGAGGAUUUGGAGUUGCCCUCUUCCCGACAGUCUAUACGCGCAGCAUCAGCAGCACUGAGGGCAGAGGGAGCAGCAGCAGCAGCAGCAGCAGCAGCAGCAGCAGCAGCAGCAGAAGUAGGGGCGUUGCGCGGCUCGUCCUCGGACUUUAGCAGCUCAGGAGAAUGGGAGGAGUUGUUUGAUGGGGAUGUUGCUGCAGGUGCUGCUGCUGCUGCUGCUGCUUCUGCUGCAGCCAUUCAGGGAGCAGCGACGGCAGCAGCAGAAGCAGCAGGUGCUGUGGCUGCUGCUGCACCAGAUGAGUUUUUACUACCAGACAGCUGCACGUAUGGCGCAGCAAAUGCAGCAGCAGCAACAGCAGCAGGAGAGGUCGAUGUAGGUGAAGUAUUUGAAAAGCCAACAGACACCUCAACGGCUCCUGCAACUCCUUCCCCUGCUGCUGCUGCUGCUGCUGCUGCUGCUGGGGAUGGGGUGGCGCAUCUGCUGCUGUCUGGCUCUGCACAGAAGGCAGCAGGCGCCAAAGAUGUUCUCCCUGCUGCAGCAAUCGAAGCAGCAGCAACUGCUGCUGCUCCUGCUGCACUUGCUGCUUCAGAGGCGAAAAUCCCAGCAACAAUGUGCUUCGAUGAGCGUCCAGCAGCAGCAGCAGCAGCAGCAGCAGCAGCAGCAGGUGACUCCCUUUGUAUAGCCUUGCCGCAUUUCGAAGAUGGUGCAGACACGGCCGAAGGAAAGGGCAGCAGCAGCAGCAGCAGCAGCAGCAGCAGCACGUUAGCAGAUGCUUCGAGAGCAGCAGAGUGGGAGGCAGUUGCAGCAGCAACAGAAGCAGACGCUGCAGCAAAGGCUGCUGAAGCAGCAGAGGCCGUGGCAGCUGCUGCAGAGAGAACAGCACGCGAGGCUGAAGGCGUUGCAGCAGCAGCCGCUGCUGCUGCUGCUGCUGCAGAGGAAGCUGCUGCUGCAGCAAGACAAGAGUCUAUGCGUGCGAAGGGCGUGAGGGCGCAGCGAACGCAUGCAACGACCAUAGCGGGAGCUGCUGCUGCUGCUGCUGCUGCAGGCCGCCAAGCAGCACUGCACGCUGCUGCUGCUGCUGCUGCGCGGUCUGCCCAAGCAGCAGCUGCUGCUGCUGAGGCCGAUGCCACGGCAACAGCAGCGAAGGAGGCAGCAGCAGCGGCGAGCGAACUGCUCAUCGAGACAGAAGCUGCUGCUGCUGCUGCUGCGAUAACAGCAAAGGAAGCAGCUGCUGCAGAAGCUUACGCGUGCAGCGCUGCUGCUGCAGCACAGAAGGAAGCAGAGGCAGCAGAACGCUCUGCCGCAGCAGCAAGGAACCGGGCAGCCGUUGCAAAGAAUCGACAAGCUGCUGCUGAACGUGCAGCAGCUGAUGCAGAAGCUGAAGCAGCAGCAGCAGAAGCAAAAGCUACAGCAUCUGAAGCCGCAGCAGCAGAAGCCGCAGCAGCACAAACUGCAGCAGCAGAAGCCGCAGCAGCAGAAACCGCGGCAGCAGAAACCGCAGCAGCAGAAGCCGCAGCAGCAGAAGCUGCAGCGUCUGAAGCUGCAGCAGCAGAAGCCGCAGCAGCAGAAGCAGCAGCAGCAGAAGCCGCGGCAGCAGAAGCCGCAGCGGCAGAAGCCGCAGCAGAAGAGGCUGCAGCAGCAAAAGCGGCAGCAGCAGAAGCCGCAGCAGCAGAAGCUGCAGCAGCAGAAGCUGCAGCAGAGGAGGCUGCGGCAGCGGAGGCUGCAGCAGUAGAAGCUGCGGCAGCGCAAGCUGCAGCAGCAGAGGUUGCAGCAGCAGAAGCGUCAGCGGCACAAGCUGCAGCAGCAGAAGCUGCAGCAAGAGCUGCAGCAGCGGAAGCCGCCAAAGCGGAUGCUGCAGCAGCCGAGCUCUCAGCAGCAGGGGAGCUUUCAGCAGCAAUAGCUGCAGCAGCAGAAGCUGCAAAAGCAGAAGCUACUGCAGCCGAGGCUGCAGCAGCAGAGGCUGCGGCAGCAGAAGCAGCAGCAACAAAAGCAGCAGCAACACAGGAGGCAGCGGCAAAAGCAGCAGCAGCAGAAGCGGCAGCAUCAGACUCCGCAGCAGCAGAAGCGGCGAAGGCAGAUGCAGCCGCAGAGGAAGCGGCAGCAGCAGCUGCUGCAGCAGCAGAAGUCGCAAGAGCGAAAGCUGCAGCAGCAGAGGCGGCGGCAGCAGAAGCAGCAGCAACAGCAGCAGCAGCAUCAAAGAGUGCUGGAGGGAAUGCAGUGGGAGUCGCAGCUGCAGAAGCUGCUGCAGCAGAGGCUGAAGCUGCAGCAGCGGCCGAUGCUGCUGAAGCAGCGGCAGCUGCAGCAGCAGCGGCAGCAGCUGCAGGAGCUGCUCUGCCGGCUUCCUCAACUAUUGCAGCCGCAGCAAUACCUGCAGCAGCAGGAACUGCUGCUGCUGGUGCAGCAGCAGCAGCAGCGCCGCCUGCCGAGGCACGGAGGGCCUUUGCUCCAGAUGCUGCAGCAGCAGCCGCAGCAGCAGCAGCACCGCCAGCAGCAGGACCAGCGGAGCCGGCAGACGCUGCAGCUCCAAGUAGUGCAGCGGGAGCCGAAGCAGCAGCAGCAACCGCAGCAACAGCAGCAGCAGGAAAUACGGUUGGGAAGCCCCGAGCAGUUGCAGCAGAAGCAAGUGCGGCUGGUGCAGCAGCAGCUUUGCCAGCAAUCGCAGCAGCAGGAAAUGAAUCUGCCGCAGCACAUGACGCUGCUGCUGCUGCUGCUGCUGCUGCUGCUACGGAGAAUGCUGGCGCAGCAACGACGUCGAAGGAAAUGGCUACGGCAGCAACGUCUGGAAACAUCGCCGAUGCAGCAGCAGCAGCAGCAGCAGCAGAAAGCGUAGCAAGUGCAGCAGCAGCGGAGGGUAGUUUUGCUGGCCCAGCAGCUGCAGCAGCAGGAGCUGAGGCUGAAGAAGCAACAGCAGAGAGCUCUCCCACUGGAAGCACAUCUAGUACGGAGCAAAAGCCAGCAGCAGCAGCAGCAGCAGCAGCAGCAGCAGCAGCAGCAGCAGAGAAACAGGAGUGGAGAGAAAUGGAUGCUGCAGUGGAAGCUUCUGCGAACAGGACGGUGACAGCAGACGCAGGAGCAGCAGCAGCAGCCGCUGCUGCUGCUGCAGCACUGGAUGAUGGGGCUGAAGGUCUCGCAGCUGCGGCAGAGGAGGCAGUUGCUGCUGCUGAGGCAGCAGCAGAGGCUGCAGCAGCAAGAGCAGCAGCAGAAGCAGACGCAGCAGCAAUGGAGUGGCUGACAGACGCGGCCUGCGACGGCUUUCGGCUCAAUGAGCUGCCAGCAGCAGCAACAGCAGCGUCUGCUGCUGCUGCAGCAGAAGCAGCAGCAGCAGAAGGAACAGCAGAGCAGGCAGAACCGGCCUCGGACUCGGAUCUAGCAGCAGCGCAGAGGGCAGAAGCAGAGCCAGAAGCAGCAACAGCAGCAACAGCAGCAGCAGCAGCAGCAGCAGCAGCAGCAGAGGCAAACGAAAGCGCUGUGUUGCCAUCCCCCAUCUGCGGAGCGUCAAGGACGAGCGAGAGGCAGGAGCAAGAGCAGCAGCAGCAGCAGCAGCAGCAGCAGCAGCAGCAAGGGCAGCUGCUGGAGCAAGAGUGGAAGCAGCAGCAGCAGCAAAGGCACCUGCAGCCGCAAACUUCAGUUCUGCAGAAUGCGCAGCAAAUAGCGGCGCAGGUUUCGCCUUCAAGCUCACGCCAUAAAACGAGCAGCAGCACGAGCAGCAGCAGCGGCAAAAGGAGCAGCAGCAGCAGCAGCAGCACAAGCAGCAGCAGCAGCAGCAGCAGCAAGCUAUUUGCUGAGGCACUGACAACGCGCUGCACGACGACUUCGUGCAGCGGCGGGGACGGGGGCGAAGCAUUUCCAGCUUUCGAGGAGGCAUCUGCUGCUGCUGCUGCUGCUGCUGCUGCUGCUAUGGAUGGCUGCUCAGUACAACAGCAGCAGCAGCAGCAGCAGCUACCACAGAAAGAGCAGCCGCAGCAGCAGCAGCAGCAGCAGCAGCAGCGGAGCCUGGAGCAGCAACUGCAGCAGGAGAAACCGACGAAUCUGCAGCAAGAUCUUGAGGACCCUUUUGCUGCUGCGAGCCGCCUCGCAAACGGCAUGCUGCCCCGCAUACGUUUGUUGCUGCUGCAGCUUGCUGCACAUGAUUUGCAGCAGCAGCAGCAGCAGCAGCAGCAGGAUGCACAGGCGCUGCAGCAGGAGCAGCUUGAAGGGCCUUUGCCGCUGCGCAUUUUGCUGCAGGCCUUUUCGAAGGCAGCUGAAUCCAUUGUGCGCAUGCAGAAGCAGCAGCUGGAGCAGCAGCAGCCAAAGCAGCAGCUCCAGCCACUGCAGCAGCUGCAGCAGCUGCAGCAGCUGCAGCUUGCCUCUCUCUCAACUGCAGUUGCUCGCGUACACAAAACAUAUGCAGCAGCAGCAACAGCAGCAGCUGCAGCUUUUUCAAAGGAAGCCCCAGCAGCAGGUGAGCCCCACAGCCCUCCGCAGUACAUCUGCAGCUGCAGCAGCUGCAGCAGCUACAGCAGCAGCGGCUGCUGCAGCAACAGCUGCAGCACGGGCAGCAGCAGCUCGCAGCUCUUGUGUACAGGACUUUGCUUCUGUCUGCGUUGCGGUGUACGUACAGCUGAAGCGCUGCUGCCAUUUGCUGUUGCCCUCCAAAUUGCUGCUGCCUUUUGGGGGGCCCUGAGCAACGCCGUGCAGAUGUCGGCGCUGCAGCAGCAGCACCUGCAGCAGCAGCAGCAGCAGCUGCAGCAGCAGCAGCUACAACAGCAGCGACUACAGCAGCAGAGGCGACCUGUGCGCACGCAGCAGAAACUGCAGCCACUGCCACAGCCACCGCUUAAGCAGCAGCACCCGCAGCAACAGCAGCAGCCGCCGCAGCAGCAGCAGCAGCAGCAGCCGGAACAGCAGCAGCAGCGACGGCAAGAGCAGCAGCCAAGCCAGUUGCUUGCUGCGGCUGCCAUCGAAGCUGAAGCAGCUGCUGCUGCUCCAGCGAAAUGUGUGGCGGCGCAACACGAAGAGCAGCAGCAGCAUCAACGAAAGCAGAAUGCGGAAGUGGUGCAGCAGCAGCAGCAGCCACAAAUGCUGCAGCGGCCGCAACUGCAGCAGCAGCCAGAACUGCAGCAGCGGUCUCAAUUGCAGCAGCAGCCACAACUGCAGCAGCGGCAGCAACUGCAACUGCAGCCACAGGUGCAGCAGCGGUUGCAACUGCAGCAGCGGUUGCAACUGCAGCAGCAGCAACUGCAGCAGCAGCAACAACAGCAGCAGCAGCAACAACUGCAGCAGCAAGUUAAGGGACGCCGUAAUCGAAGUGCUGCAGCACCACCAUACCCAGCCAUGCUUUUUGAUGCGGUGACAUUCAAGCCGCUUCGGACCCCUCAGCAGCAGCAGCAGCAGCAGCAGCAGCAACAGCAGCAGCAGCAGUGUAAAGGAGAAGCGGAGGAGCUGCCGACGCUGCAGCAGUGCUGGCUGGCCUACUGCGCAAGAUCGGGCAGGAUGCAGCAGAAGCAACAUAAGCAGCAGCAGCAACAGCAGCAGCAGCCGGAAUCGCGAAGUCUGCGUUUCACUAGCAGCAGCAGCAGCAGCAGCAGCAGCAGCAGCACAUUUACAAAGGGCCGCCUGCUGCCGAGGUUCUCUCGCCCGCAGCUGCCUUUGCUGCGCCCGCUGCGGCCAACUUCAGCGGGGCAGCAUGCUGCUGCUGCUGCUGCAGCUGCUGCAGCUGCUGCUUCUGGCCGCCACAGACCUGCUGCAGCAGCACGGCCCCUAUCAGCGGGAAUUAGCGGCCGCCGUCGGUCUUCCCUAGUGGCAGCAGCAACAGCAGCAGCAGCUGUUGCUGCGGACUUCGCAGCAGCAACAGCUGCAGCAGAAGAAGCAGCAGCGGCUGCCGAGGCUGAGAAGGCCGCCGCCGAGGCAGAAGCAGCAGCAACAGCAGCAGCAGCAGCAGCAGCAGCAGCAGGGGAAGCAACAGCUUACUCGUCGCUUCGUGCUGCUCUUGCUUCUUCUUCUUCCCUCACUCUCAGCCCCGACAGCUCUUUGUCUCCUCUUUCUGCUGUUUCUAUCAGCAGCAGCCGUAGAGCAGCAGCGCUAAAGGCGUUUGCUGCUGCUGCUGCUGCUGCUGCCGAAGACGAGGACGGCUGCAGCAGCUCAGCAGCAGCAACCCCUAGGCUGCAGUGCCACGGCCUCGCGCUGCCAACACCGCGGCUGCCCGCAGCAGCAGGAGCAGCAGCAGCAGCAACAGCAGCAAGGAAUAAGUCUUCGGAGCCAUGGGCCGCGUCAGGAGGCAGGCUUUCGCUGCAGCAGCAGCAGCAGUGGCAGCAGCAGCAGUCUUUGAGGCAGAAGCGGCAGCAGCAGCUGCAUAGAGACGGCUCGCCGAGGUGCGCAUCCCACAGCAGCAGCAGCAGCUGCAGCAGUGGCUAUGCAGCAGCAGCAGCUGCUGCUGCUAUAGCAGGCUGUGCUGCGCAGCACAAGCCGUCGGGCGUCGCUGCUGCUGCUGCGCCUUCCCACAUCGUGCUGCUGCACGAGCGGACACCAGCAGCAGCUGCAGCAGCAGCAGCAGCUACAGCAGCAGCACCUUCGUCUGCAUCAGCCACUGCAGAGAAACAGCAGCAGCAGCAGCAGCAGGCCUUUGCCCAUAUCCGGCAGCGCAGCUGUGCUGCCGGAAGACAAACUCCAGCAGCAGCAGCAGCAGCAACGCCAGCAGCAGCAGCAACAACAGCACUGGAACGGAAACUCCCGCCACGCCAAAGCUGCUGCUUGCGGCAGACGCCCGGCUGCGGCAGCAGCAGCAGCAGCAGCAGCAGCAGCGCGCGUCUUUGCUGCUGCCAGCAGCGACGUAAUGCAGAUACACUGCACUGCACUGUGGGCAGCAAACCGAGGGCAGCAGCAGCGGCAGCGCCUGGAGCCGGACACGAUGCUGCUGCUGCUGCUGCUGCUGCUGCUGCUGCUGCUGCUGCUUUUGUUGUCGACCACGCGCACAGCGAGCUCGGCACAAAAGCACCUGGCUGUGUGUCGCAGCAGGAGCUGCUGCUGCAGCAGCAGCCUCAGCAGCAGCAACAGCACCAGCUGCAGCCCCUUCUUCGCCUGCAACAGCUGCAGCAGCCGCAACAGCUGCUGCUGCAGCAGCCGCGGCCAAAUCCACUAGACCCUCCUGUGCAGCAACGGGAUGCUGCGCCUUCUUAUCCGCAGCAGCAGCACUUCUUGCAACAGCAGCAGCAGCGAGAGCCGCCGCUGCAGCAGCCGCAGCAACAGCAUCAGCAGCUAGAGCCGCUUCUACAGCAACAGCAGCAACAACUGCUGCAGCAGCAACAGAUGCCCAUUCAUCAAAAGCAGCAACAGCAGCUUUUGGAGCAGCAGCAGCAGCUGCAACAACAGCUGCAGCUGCUGCAGCAGCUGCAACAGCAGCUGCAGCCGCUGCAGCGGCAGCAGCAGGCGAUGCAGCAGCAGCAGCAGAUUGCGUCGCCACCAGCAAAUAUAUCUCCGAUAGGCGCUGCAGCAGCAACGCAGCACUGCGUGUCAUCUGGGGCUGAACAGCGAGCUGUGCUGCUGCAGCGCGGUGUUGGCUGCAGCUGCUUUGGAAGUGUGUUGCAGCAGCAGCAGCUGCAGCAGCAGCAACAGCAGCAACAGCUGCAACAGUCGCAGCAGCAGGUGCUGCUGCAACAUCAGCGCGCAAUUAUGCCCUCCGUGCUAUCUGUUGAGAAGCCUUUGGUUCCUGUUGGUUGUGCAACAGGAGCAGCAGCGCCUGCUGCUGCUGCUGCUGCUGCUGCUGCUGCUCCAGAAUCAUCGAUCCUUCCCGCUGCAGCAGCAUUAGCAGCAGCAGCAGCAACAAUGCCGGGGCGGGUGCUGCACACCAUGGAACCUCUUGCUGCUGGGGAUGCGGCUGACAGCUUUUGCAGUCAGUUCCUCUCCAGCUGCAGCAGCAGCAGCAGCAGCAGCAGCAGCAGCAGCAGCAGCAGCGGGAACAUCCCGUCUGCUGCUCUUUUUUUCUUCGGAUGCGCCGACCCGCAGCUGCUGCGAGCUGCGUCUGCAGCAGGAGGGCUGCAGCAGGCGGCAGCACAGGCAGCAGCCUUAGCAGCACCACUGCAGCAGCAGCAGCAGCAGCAGCAGCAACAGCCGCAGCUGGUGGCAGCCAUCAUCCUGGGUGUUUCUGUCUCUGCUGCGGAGGCAGUUAUGGGGCCAGACGCAGGCGCAGCAGCAGCAGCAGCAGCAGCAGCAGACGGGCACUCCUUUCGCCGUGACCUGCUCAGCUGCCCUUUGUCUGCUGGGUACCAGCAGCAGCAACAGCAGCAGCAGCAGCAGCAGCAGCAGCAACUGUCAACUGCCCUGCUCUGUGCAGUUUCUCUGGGCGUAUGCCGCGUGGAGACGAAGUUGCUGCUGCAGGAAGUGCAGCCGCGCAUGCUGGUUUGCGGGAGGCCCACUGUAAAUGAAGGCAGCACAACAGCAGCUGCUGCUGCUGCAGCAGCAGCAGCACCAGCAGCAGCAGCAGCGGAACCCCCCAAGCUAGUGUCCCCUUUGAUGCUGCUGCCGGCAUCAUUCUUUUCUGGCUGCGACUCUGUGCUGCUGCAACGCCAGGGCCUCUUAGCCGUUGCUGCGUGA